AUGCCCAUCGCGAUCACCAGACCGCACCCGCAUCUGCCUGUCCCGCUAGGUCAGCUAUCAGUAUGGCAGGAGUCAACAAGAGAUCACCCGCUCCUGAACCAAGGAAAGGACGAUGAGCUUCCCGCCGAGGCGGAUGUCGUGAUCGUCGGAAGUGGGAUGUGCGGUGCGGUCGUAGCCCAUACCUUGCUCAACUCGCCCAACCGACCCGAGAAGAUCGUCGUUCUCGAAGCUAGAGAGAUCUGUUCUGGUGCUAGCGGUCGCAAUGCUGGUCAUUGCCGUCCGGAUGCAGCGAGAGGCUUCACUGCCUUCUCAGGCAUGCACGGGAAAGAGGAAGCGAAGCAUAUCCUGUCGUCGGAGUCUGAUGUUCUUAAACGGGUCGACGAUUUUGUCAACAAGCACAACAUCGAGUGCGAGUGGACUCCUCGUCCGACCUAUGAUGUCUGCAUGACGGAAGAGUUUUACCAGUUCGAAGCGAAUGCAUACAAGGGAUUGACGGAAGCGGGCGGAAAGCCGGAUCAGUACGUUGUGCUCGGUGGCGAAGAGGCGCGAAAGGAUACCAGAGUGGACGCUGCCAUCGGCGGGUACAAGUGGCCCGCUGCAACCCUCAACCCCGCCAAACUCACUCUGGGCAUUCACACUCUCAACACACAGCAAGGAGGGUAUGAGCUAUACGCCUACGCGCCGGUCCACUCGGUCUCGCAGGCUGAAGAUGGCGAGUCUUGGAGCGUCAAGACGCCCCGUGGAUCGGUCAAGGCUGGCAAAGUGGUCUUUGCUACCAACGCGUACAGUCAGGCGGUCGUGCCCGAGCUCGAGGGUUUGAUAACGCCUUGGAGGGCACAAGCGGUGCUAUUGCCCCAGGCGCCGGUCGGAGAGGAGGCAUUCCCGAUCCUCGAGCCUAGUUUCUCUCUGCGAUACCUCGUCCAUAACUUCUAUUCCGUAGCUCCCCGGCCAGAUCAGUCCAUCGUCCUUGGGACCUCUCGUCAAUGGGACGGCAUGUCCCCGGAGACACGCGCAACCCUUAUCAACUCAGUUGACGACUCGAAGCCCGCAGACGAGAUCACCGAGAAUGCCAUGGGUCAAUUCGCCAAGCUCUUUGCGGCUGGUGGAUGGGACCCCAGUCUGGAGGCCAAGGGGAAGAAGAAUGGACACGAUUACGCUUGGACGGGGAUCAUCGGGAUGACUCCCGACGCGAUCCCACUGAUCGGUGACGUACCUGACAAGCCGGGUCAGUAUGUCGCCGCGGGGUACAACGGACAUGGCAUGGCUCGGAUCUUCCUCUGCGCCCCUGCGCUUGCCGAGUACAUGAUGACGGGCGAGUGGGAUGCCGCCAUGCCCGCCAGCUUCCGCGUCACGCCUGAGCGUCUCGCCAAAUUGCGGAGGAAGGUCAACCAGACCACAGGGGACGCCACCGCCCAGGGGUUGGCGAAGCUGGUAAUCUAG